AUGCGAGUGAUGAGAUCAUUGCGCGGUAAUUCUGGUUCGGGAUUGGUUUUCCGGUCGGCGAGGUUAUGCUCUCUACGGAGCGUCUUCACCGGUUGCCGUGCUGUGAUUUUGCCUCGCUUUGGCGGUCCGGAGGUUUUGGAGCUCUGGGAGAAUGUUCCGGUGCCGAAUCUUAAUCCGAAUGAGGUUCUCGUCCGGGCUAAAGCUGUCUCCGUCAACCCUCUCGAUUGCAGAAUACGAGCAGGAUAUGGGCGUUCUGUAUUCGAACCACAUGUACCUAUUAUAAUUGGGCGUGAUGUCAGUGGCGAGGUCGCAGCUAUUGGGACCUCAGUGAAGUCAUUUAAAGUAGGGCAAGAAGUUUUUGGCGCAUUGCAUCCUACGGCGUUGAGAGGUACUUAUACUGACUAUGGGAUUCUUUCUGAAGACGAACUCACUGAGAAGCCAUCGUCGAUUUCUCAUGUGGAGGCAAGUGCCAUUCCUUUUGCAGCAUUGACUGCUUGGCGUGCGUUGAAGAGUAAUGCUCGGAUAGUCGAAGGACAAAGACUAUUGGUUUUUGGAGGAGGAGGAGCCGUAGGAUUUUCUGCAAUCCAGCUUGCGGUAGCCUCUGGGUGUCAUGUUACAGCCUCUUGCGUAGGUCAGACCAAAGACAGAAUACUAGCAGCUGGUGCCGAGCAAGCUGUUGACUACACAACCGAGGACAUUGAAUUGGCGGUAAAAGGAAAGUUUGAUGCUGUGUUGGAUACUAUUGGACGGCCUGAAACCGAGAGAAUAGGCAUAAACUUCUUGAGGAAGGGUGGAAACUAUAUGACUCUUCAGGGUGAGGCUGCAUCGUUGACUGAUAGAUACGGUUUCGUAAUUGGGCUUCCGCUUGCAACAUCACUCUUGGCUAAGAAGAAGAUACAAUAUCAGUAUUCUCAUGGAAUUGACUAUUGGUGGACGUAUAUGAGGGCUGAUCCUGAAGGUCUGGCCGAGAUUCAGCGGUUAGUUGGAGCUGGAAAGUUAAAGAUACCGGUGGAGAAAACAUUUCCGAUAACCGAAGUUGUAGCAGCUCAUGAAGCCAAGGAGAAGAAGCAGAUUCCUGGUAAGGUGGUUCUUGAGCUCUGA